AUGGGACAGACGCCACUCUUCUGGGCGGUGAGGAAGGGGUCGUUUGAAACAUGUCGAGGCCUUCUAAAUGCUGGAGCGAUUAUGAGCAGAAGGUACCUUCAGCACCGAUUCACGCCGCUCCACGCUGCUGUGCAUUAUCGCUCAAUAAAUAUGGUCAAAUUGAUCCUCGGGUUUGGUCCUAAUGUCAACACUCUAUCGCGAGUCGGUCGAUACUCAGUGGGUUAUAGGGAAUUCUCACCGCUCUUUAUAACUAUACAGAAAAACAAGAACGAGAUAGCCAAACUCCUCCUGGAACAUGGCGCUGAUCCACACAGUUUCACGACCGAGCCGGCUGCCCUGGAUCUACUAUUUGUGUGUGGUACAGAUUCAUAUGUAAGUUCUCCGUUGGUGGUAUACGUGCCUAGCCCUCUUAGAUACGCCAUAAUAGAGCGAAAACUUGACUUUCUCGAGAUGUUUUUGGAUGGCAAAGUCGAUAGCCUGGAUUAUAUCGGGGCGACUUCACUCCAGCAUGCAUCUUGUGACCAUGAGCCAACUGUAGCCGCUUUUCUAUUGAAUAUGGGCGCGGAUCCGGACUUUAUGGGAUGGCGAGGCUACACUGCACUUAAGCAGGCCGCUAUUGAUGGCUGUGUCUUGACAAUUCACGCUCUGUUGGAUGGAGGAGCAGGCAUAAACGCACUCUGUAAACGGUAUGGGCGAACAGCACUUCACCACGCUGUAAUCAAGGGCGGCAAUGCUGAGCCAAGUAUCGGAGCGUUGUUGGAGCGAGGCAUAGACACUAGUAUUCAGGACCUUCGUGGGAUGACAGCUAUGGACUAUGCGAUGGAAAUGAGGUAUUACAGAGCAUAUUUAAAGAUUGAUAUUGCUGAAGGUCUCAGAGGGUGGGCGAACCGCUAUGCUUCUACCUGA